CGCGAGCGGCGCUUCGUCUUUCUCAAACACCCCCGUGUCCAUUCCCAUUUGCCUCAGUACUACAUUCAUAAUUCUGCGCAUGGAGAACCGCAUAGCUGAGGAUUCUCCCGACAAAAUCGUCCGGGAAGAGCAUCCUGAACUGUACUUCGCAAACGGGGACAUCGUCCUCCAAGCCAAGCUCCAGUCAGAGACCGACAUCCCAAAGUUUCAGAUGUAUUGUGUUCACACGGCUAUACUGAGUUUCCACUCUGCUUUCUUUUCCAAUAUGUUCGCCGACGGCUCUGCAAAUCACGAGCCUUCUUACGACGGGCGCCCUCUUGUGGAGAUGCAUGACGAUGCGGAUGACCUGUCUCAUCUUCUCUUAUAUGUGUAUCGUCCCUCCGAAUAUCUCCUGCGGCCGUCUCAUCCCGACACCCCGGUCAAGCUGCGGGGCGCAGUCAGACUCGCAAGCAAGUACAUGUUCGAUAACGCUCGGGCCGACAUGAUCAAGCGGGUCACGAUGGACUGGCCGGUUACUCUCGACCAGUGGGACGUCCGCGAGGGCGAACGCCAAAGCCUCAUGCGAGUGGCGUACGACCAUCACGGCAACCAAAGUGCCGGUCGACGCAAUCUGGCCGAGCACACUCCCGAGCCCGUCUCCGCGAUCGUCUUCGCCCAGGAGCACGGUUGCGCUGAGAUCCUGCCCGCCGCUUUCUACCGUCUCGCCUCCCUCGACAUCGGAAACGGGUGGGAAAACAAAAAUAGAGUCCAUGCGGAUCCCGACAGGGCACGAUGGGCGCUCUGCGACAAGGAGAACCUCGUGCGCUAUAUCCAGGGGCGCUCGGCACUGGAGGAGUACCACCACACUGUCGCCCAGCAGCUUACGGACGGCGACAUGAUCAACACGGGCUGUUUCCCGGAGUAUAUGAGCGAUACGGGCCUGAUCCGCCCCGGAGACCCCUUCGAGGGGAACAUCGAAGACUAUCCGUGCUUUCACUUCAUCUGGACGCUCCGCGACGUCGUCUGGGGCUGGCGGGUGUCGUUAGACCCGCUAUCUGCGUUGUCCAAGCUCGAGGACUGCGACAAGUUGGACAGGAUGAAGGACAGGUGCCCCUACGGACUCUGCGAAAGGUGCGAAGGCUUCUUCCGAGGGUGGAUACGCGAGGAGCGUGUGGGCCUCUGGAAGAAGCUUCCGGGUUUCUUUCAGCUUAAGUAGAUAUCGUCGCGCUGUAAUCCCUCAGUAAGGCUCCCUCUUAAACGCGACGGCACGCGGACGAUUCGAAAAUGGUCUAUACUGUAAUCAUACCUGUAACGACCACCAUCGCGAUGAAAACUGAGCAACAGAC